UAUCCCAUUUGCCUAGAACUAUUAUUGAGGAAGAGGGAGGGAACUUUCUUGUUGAGCCUGAAGAACAGUUGUCAAUCUGAAAGACAAGUCAAAAAGGCAAUCAACUUUUCAUUAGGAACGCAUCAUGUCUACGGUUCCAGAUAUAGGGAAUAAGAAAGCGUGGCCAUCAGAUUUUAUUCCAUCGAUGUGGAAUUGCAUUGGACACUCCUUCAAUUAGUGUAGGCUUAGAGAGUGGACAGGCCUAAAUAUUUCCAGUGAUGGCGACCAAUAUCAUACUCUACCUUAAAGUUAGAUUCCAAGGCGUCUGGAGCUCAUAACUCCUGAUAUCAUGAGUGCCUUCAGCACUUUGAUUGUUAGUAUAUAUAGGGCAUGCACCUGCACUCAUCAGUUCACCCAAGUUCACAUCUCAAACUAAGUUAGCUUGUCCAGAGCCCAACCCAUUCUUACUCAACCCCCGAAGAUUGUUAAUCUUCACUAACCAUGUCAAGGGAGGCACUUGCCAUAGGACAUGUUGUUGGGGAUAUUUUGGACCCAUUUGUCAAAGCAGCAUCACUAAAGGUUAUAUACAACGGCAAGGAACUAACCAAUGGUUCUGAGCUCAAGCCGUCACAAGUAGCAACUGAACCAAGGAUUGACAUUGCUGGGCGCGACAUGAGGAACCUUUACACUCUGGUGAUGGUGGAUCCUGACUCGCCAAGUCCAAGCAACCCAACAAAAAGAGAAUACCUUCACUGGUUGGUGACAGACAUCCCAGAAUCAACGAACGCCAGUUACGGAAAUGAAGUCGUCAGUUAUGAAAGCCCAAAACCAACUGCAGGAAUACAUCGCUUUGCUUUUGUACUCUUCCGCCAAUCCGUCCGGCAAACAAUAUAUGCACCAGGAUGGAGACCAAAUUUCAAUACAAGAGACUUCUCCGCACUUUAUGCUCUUGGACCCCCUGUGGCAGCAGUGUUCUUCAAUUGCCAAAGGGAGAACGGAUGUGGAGGCAGGCGAUACAUUAGAUAAAUAUGGAAGCAUUAUUACCCAUCCUCUACAGGCAGGAUGUUUAACUAAAAUGUGAGAACAUAAACAAGGUCCACAUCGCAAAGCAAUAGUAAAUGUUGGACCGUUUCAUGUAUCUUAGUUAAAAAUUUACAUUGCCAUGUAUGCAAGUACUAGGGUGCUUCCAGAAUGAAUUUAACUACAGCCAUGCAAGUACUAAACACGGUGCUUUUGGAGUGAAUUUAACUUAC